AUGGAGGCUAUCCACGGCAGCAAGUCUGCUGUCAGCCCACAGACACCUGUACGCUCCCGUCGGCGACGCGCACCGGAGGCGUGUUCGUUCUGCCGUAGAAGAAAGAUCAAAUGCAACAAUGAGCGGCCUGUAUGUAUCAAUUGCAGGACAUAUGCACAGGAUUGUGUUUAUGAGCCCGUUGCCGAGAGGGCUCGAGAGGCGGGCCGUGGUCGUCAUGAACGAUCCAGGCAUCGCAGAACCUUGGAUGGGAGCGUCUCGAACACCGACAAGGAUAGAAGCCCCCAUCCACACUCGCUACCGGGAAGUGAUGGUUGCGAGGGACGUUCUGUAGAUGAAGUAGUCGGCUCGGGUAGCCGUUCUAAUGGAGGUAUCGACCGAAUCAGCGCACCCGGGCCGGCCGAAGCUGGAGUUGCUCGCAUUUUGGUUUCAGCGAACGGGGUAUCUAGUUAUCACGGCCGCACUAGCGCAUUGUUUGAGGACCAGGCACAGGAAAGACUGACUGCGGCGGAUGAUCGCCCUCGGAUGGCAGAUGACUGGGUAGAACGGGGUCUUGUUGCCGAAGCAGCAAAGCAACGCCAGAUGGAGGAAAUGAAUUUUCGCCAGGGUAAACUCGACUUCGAUGGCGUUGAUCCAGAUCUGGGGAUGCAUCUGUUGUCGCUUCAUUGGAAUCGCCAGCAUCAUUCGUUUCUCAUAACUUACCGACCGGCAUUCAUGCGGGACAUGGCUUGUGAUGGUCCCUACUUCUCCAGGCUGCUUCUCAACGCCAUUUAUUUCGGAGCUGCUAAAUUCAGUCCCAGGCUGGAGGUUCGCAAGGAUCCCAACGACGUCCGAACCGCCGGUUGGAGGUAUCGUGAACGAGUCCGCGAACUCCUAGGUGGAGCACUGGACCGUAGUGAUGUUACAACAAUCCAGGCAUUGCUUGUAAUGACAAAUUCGCUCUUUGCCUUGGGAGACGAAAGGAGCGCCGCAUGGUUAUAUUCUGGCCUGGCGUUCCGGAUGUUGAUUGACUUGGGAAUGCAUGUCGAUUUGACAAGUACACGCAGGUUCUCAGAUGAGGACUUGGAAAUCCGCAGGCGGGUUUUUUGGGCUGCAUUUGUUGUGGACAAGGUCCAGAGCCUUUAUCAAGGCCGCCCAGUCAGCCUCAAGGAGACAGAUGCUCUUGUACCUAUCAAGUUCCUGGAUACCUACGAGGAACUAGAGCAUUGGCAGCCAUUUGCGUAUUCAAUCUCCGCCCCAGAUUACCGUGGAAUGCCGGCGUAUAGCACGUCUACUUUCACCUUCCUAUGCAAACUCUCGCUCACCAUGAGUGACAUUCUAAGUUCCAUAUACACCGAGCGCAGUUCCAAUCAGAGUCCGUCUGAGCUAGCAAGUAUGCUAAACGAGCUGCAGCUUAAGCUAGAUCAGUGGCAGGAGUCAUUACCAAAACAUCUACAAUUUGACCCAGGGAAAACUCACAGUGUGGCCUUCCCACCACCUCAUGUAUCUAGUCUACAUGCUAUGCAUAAUUCGCUUGUCAUUCUGUUGCACCGUCCUUUUGUGGCAGACGGGCAUCUAUACAGCACAUCACCAUCGAUCUCGGUUGAUUCCUUUAUGAAGUGCGCCUCGGCCGCAUCAAAUAUCAGCAAUCUGCUGCGUGCUUACCAUCGUGCAUUCUCUGUCCGACGCGCACCUUACCUCAUAUCAUAUGCGACUUAUGUCGCUGCCACAAUCCUCACCAGAAUCGCAGCUAGACGUAGAAAUGAUUCAACGGCACACUCAAACCUUGCGACCUGUCUUGCUGUUUUCGAAGAAAACCAAGAGACGAACUCGGCUGUCAGAAAGGCCGCCAAGAUUGUGCAUAGCCUUAUGAAGAAACUUGGGGUUGUUAUAGAUAGUGUCUCACUCGACGCUCUAGAAAUGAACCCGCCUAUAAGGAUGUCCGAGCGAGAUCCGCAAUCGAACCAUGUCCCUGUCCAUGCGAACAGGAACUACCAGACGAGCACCGCUAACGAAGCCAACAACGACGCAUCUAUUGGGAACAUGACGGAACCGACUGACACCACAACUCACAAUCCGUCUCCCGGGUCAGACUGGGUAGAUAUAGAUGGCAUUAUUCAAAGCUUUCUGCAAGAGAAUAGUGAUCGCGGAGCUAGACUGGCAGACUACGAUCCUGACAGCGUUCCCACCCAGCUUUCGAGGACCCCAUGGUUCCCACUGCAGCAAGGGAACCCUCAACCACAAGUUUCAAUCAACAAUGACGUUGCGUUUGGAAAUCAGGUCGCUUCCCGCCCGGGUAUAGAGGGCUAUAACGGACUCCAGACAGAGGAAACUGCCAGAACAUAUCAGCAGCAGCGUGGCGGGCGGCCAACAAGUUACGAGUCCGUCUUGCUGGAUGAUCCACUGUUUGGGUUCAACGGCUCCUCAAUGGAUAGCUUCCCGUUCACAGACUGGUGA